AAAAUUGGUAUGUCUAUGAAAGAAAGUGAGCGAGAAAAGUUGGUUAAACUUUUAAUUGAUUAUGUGGAUGUCUUUGCAUGGUCAUAUCAGGAUAUGCCUGGGCUAGAUACUAACAUAGUUGAACACAAGCUACCACUCAAGCCUGAAUGUGCUCCAAUUAAACAAAAAUUGAGGAGGAUGAGGCCUGAUAUGUCACUUAAAAUUAGAGAAGAAGUCAAGAAACAAUUUGAUGCUGGUUUCUUAGCAGUAGCAAAAUAUCCUCAAUGGGUGGCUAAUAUUGUACCAGUUCCAAAGAAAGAUGGAAAGGUUCGAAUGUGCGUUGAUUAUCGGGAUUUAAAUAAAGCUAGUCCUAAAGAUGAUUUUCCUCUACCUCAUAUUGAUGUCCUAGUGGAUAGCACUGCUCAAUACUCUCUUUUCUCCUUCAUGGAUGGUUUCUCAGGGUACAAUCAAAUCAAGAUGGCUCCCGAAGAUAUGGAAAAAACUACGUUCAUCACACAAUGGGGGACUUUCUGCUAUAAAGUGAUGCCAUUUGGAUUGAAGAAUGCCGGGGCAACCUAUCAAAGAGCAAUGGUAACCUUGUUUCAUGACAUGAUGCAUAAGGAAAUAGAGGUUUACGUGGAUGAUAUGAUCGCAAAAUCUCGAACUGAAGAAGACCAUGUUGUUAACCUUCAAAAGUUAUUUGAGCGACUAAGGAAGUUCAAACUUCGUUUAAACCCUGCUAAAUGCACAUUUGGUGUAAGAUCAGGCAAAUUACUUGGGUUUAUCGUUAGUCAAAAAGGGAUAGAGGUGGACCCAGAUAAAGUAAGAGCAAUACAAGAAAUGCCGGCUCCACGCACUGAAAAAGAAGUUCGUGGCUUUUUGGGUAGAUUGAAUUACAUUGCAAGGUUUAUAUCGCACCUCACCGCUACAUGCGAGCCGAUUUUCAAAUUGUUGCGCAAAGACCAAAAGGUUGAAUGGAAUGAGAAUUGUCAAAAAGCUUUCGAAAAGAUUAAGCAGUACUUAUCAAAACCUCCCAUCCUAGUGCCCCCUGUUCCUGGGAAACCACUUAUUAUGUACUUAACAGUACUUGACGAGUCAAUGGGCUGCGUACUGGGGCAGCAUGAUGAAUCUGGUAGGAAAGAACAUGCUAUUUAUUAUUUGAGCAAAAAGUUCACCAGUUGUGAAACAAGAUAUUCACUACUUGAACGAACAUGUUGCGCAUUGGCAUGGGCUGCUCGUCGGUUGAGACAAUACAUGUUAUGUCAUACAACUUGGUUGGUGUCUAAAAUGGACCCAAUUAAGUACAUCUUUGAGAAACCUGCUCUUACUGGAAGGAUCGCCCGUUGGCAGAUGUUGUUAUCAGAAUACGAUUUGGUAUAUGUUACACAAAAAUCCAUCAAAGGAAGCGCACUAGCAGAGUACUUAGCCCAUCAACCGGUAGAAGAUUAUCAAUCAAUGCAGUGUGAAUUCCCCGAUGAAGACAUAAUGAAUUUAGUUGAAGAGAUUGAAUCAUCUGAUAAAGAAAAGUGGAGGUUGGUGUUUGAUGGUGCUUCUAAUGCGUUAGGGCAUGGAAUUGGAGCCAUUUUGAUUUCUCCAGAAAACCAGUUCACUCCAUUUACGGCUAGGUUGUGUUUUGAUUGUACAAACAAUAUUGCUGAAUAUGAAGCAUGUGUUAUGGGCAUUAAAGCGGCUAUUGAAUCAAAUGUAAAAUUUCUUGAGGUAUAUGGAGACUCAUUGUUGGUCAUCCAUCAGACGAAAGGAGAUUGGGAAACGCGAGAUUCUAAAUUGAUUCCGUAUCACACCCAUAUCAAAGAAUUGACAGAACAAUUUGAGAAGAUUACUUUUCACCAUAUCCCUCGAGAAGAAAACCAGUUAGCUGACGCCUUGGCCACUUUGUCGUCAAUGUUCAAAAUAACCACUAAUCAAGACGUGCCGGUCAUAAAGAUUCAACAAAGAGAUAAACCUGCAUAUUGCUUAUCAAUAGAAGAAGAGUUGGAUGGCAAGCCGUGGUUUUAUGACAUCAAAUCAUAUGUUAAGAAUAAGGAAUAUCCAUUGGGUAUUUCAGAGAACGACAAAAGGGUUUUAAGGAGAUUGUCAAUGAAUUUCUUCUUGAAUGGUGAUGUGCUUUAUAAGAGAAAUCAUGAUAUGGUUCUCCUCAGAUGUGUGGAUAAAGCAGAAGCGGGGAAAAUUAUCCAAGAGGUUCACGAAGGUUCUUUCGGAACUCAUGCAAAUGGGCACACAAUGGCUAGAAAAAUCUUAAGGGCUGGCUACUACUGGUUGACCAUGGAAUCCGACUGCUUUAGUCACGUAAAGAAAUGUCACAAAUGUCAAAUCUAUGCUGAUAAAAUACAUGUACCACCCACUUCUUUGAAUGUUUUAACAUCACCAUGGCCAUUUUCAAUGUGGGGAAUGGAUGUUAUUGGACUCAUCGAGCCUAAGGCUUCAAAUGGACACCGGUUUAUCCUAGUAGCUAUUGAUUAUUUCACAAAAUGGGUUGAAGCCGCUUCUUAUGCCAAUGUGACGAGAAGUGUGGUUGUCAGAUUCAUCAAAAGAGAAUUGAUUUGUCGAUAUGGAUUGCCAAAUAAGAUAAUCACUGAUAACGCGACUAAUCUGAAUAACAAAAUGAUGAAAGAGUUGUGUGAUAAUUUCAAAAUUCAACACCAUAAUUCUUCUCCAUAUCGUCCGAAAAUGAAUGGGGCUGUAGAAGCAGCAAAUAAGAAUAUCAAGAAGAUCAUACAGAAGAUGGUGGAGACAUAUAAGGAUUGGCAUGAAAUGCUUCCCUUUGCAUUACAUGGCUAUAGAACCUCUGUUCGUACCUCAACAGGGGCAACUCCUUUCUCAUUGGUGUAUGGAAUGGAAGCGGUACUUCCCAUCGAAGUCGAAAUUCCCUCAAUCAAAGUCCUGAUGGAAACAAAACUAGAAGAGGCAGAAUGGGUUCAAUCACGAUAUGACCAAUUGAAUCUCAUAGAAGAAAAAAGAAUGAUAGCUUUGUGUCAUGGUCAACUAUAUCAAAAAAGACUCAAAAAAGCUUACGAGAAAAAAGUCCGUCCUCGAGAGUUUCGAGAAGGAGAAUUAGUGUUGAAGAAAAUAUUGCCCAUAAAAAAAGAUUCUCGGGGAAAGUGGACUCCGAACUACGAAGGACCAUAUGUUGUGAAAAAAGCUUUCUCUGGGGGAGCUCUAAUACUCGCAGAAAUGGAUGGAGAUGAGCUUCCACUUCCAGUAAACUCAGAUGCAGUCAAAAAAUAUUAUGCUUAA